ACGAUGAUGUCCGUCGUUGUGCUCCACUUGCGCACGUCUUCCUGGAAGCCGGUCAACAGGGCCGCGUAUGGGUCUCCUGGGUCGUCGACGAAGGCGUCAGGGAGGAGGGGGACCGGGUCGGUGUCUGGGACGCACCUGGUGUCAUACAUAAACCAUGCCGCGUCGGAAGCCCUGUCACCUAUGCCCCCGAAGACGCCUGUGAACGCGUCUCCGACCCCACCAUGUAUGCUCGAGCCGGAUACAUGGUCGAAGAAGGACUCGACCCUGUCGACCAUGACGGGCAGGCGUGCCGAGGCCAGAUAUCGGUUGUGCAGCGAGGCCCCACCUCCGCCAAGUCGACAAUAGAUGUACGACUUGGGGUUGAGGGCUAGUGCACCGGCGGUGACGAGGAUCGCGCCGAGGUUGAUGAACAUGUUGAUGUUGAUACGAGUGAGAAUGCGAAUAACUCGAGAGAGGAGGGCGCUGAGAGGGACGCCUGUGGGCGGGAUGGGGAGACAUGGCGGUGCGUCCAUCCGUAUUUAUAUGUUUGCGGGGAGGGUGUUGGGCGUUGUUUGUCGCAUUAAACGGACUGUGUGCGUGACCGCGUCAGGACGCGUCGCGACGCGCGACGCGACCGACGCUUUCCUAAUUCGGAUGACAGGGUCAGUUCGUUU